GCUCUAUACGCGCUCAGUGACGCGCCCUCCCGCAGUUUCACGGACAGCUCGACUGUAGGCAACUGCGCGCACAGAUGGAGAUGGGGGAUUUAAAAACUCCGGAGCGAUUAUUCCACAAGUCCUCUUUCAGCAUCAGCAGUCUGCUGUGGAGAAGAGAAGGGAUGGUGGACGACCAGGACUCGCCCUCUUCUCGCCCUCUUCAUUCUGAGAAAACUUGUCAAGAGGAGAACUUUGACAGCGACAAAAGCUGCGAAAACUCCAAACUAAGCGCUAAAAAGGAUAUCAAACCUCCGAAGCGAGAGGAAAAUAAAAGGGAAGCAAAGAAAACAGGAGAGGAAGAAAGAGUCAAGCCCGAGAAACCUCCUUUUAGUUACAACGCGCUCAUCAUGAUGGCGAUCCGCCAAAGUCCAGAGCGACGGCUGACGCUCAACGGCAUCUACGAGUUCAUCAUGAACAACUUCCCUUACUACCGACAGAACAGACAGGGGUGGCAAAACUCAAUCAGACACAACUUGAGUCUGAACAAGUGUUUUGUUAAGGUGCCGCGGCACUACGACGACCCCGGUAAGGGCAACUACUGGAUGCUGGACCCCUGCAGUGACGAUGUGUUUAUCGGCGGCACGUCUGGGAAACUCCGGCGCAGAGCCACGGUCAGUUCCAGGAGCAAACUUGGUCUGAAGAGAGGAGGGGGUGGCCGACUGAUGCCCCCCAACACGGCAGCCAGUGUUACGUUAGCCGCAGCAAGCUCGUUCUACUGGCCGGUGCCGCCGUUCCUUCCUCUUCAAGCACCGGUGCGCGCUCAUGUCGGCGCGGCGACCUACCAACGCGGUCGGCCGCGCCUGUCCAACCACGCUGCCUCGGUGGUUUCUCAUCAGACCCGGCUGAGUGCAACAAGCACUGCAGACGCCGACAGGUUCGUGCGGACGCGCCAGGAGAUGUCCUACAUCGGAGUCAGCUGCGCGCAGUCACGGCGCCAUCAGAUCGGCUCCGCCUGCGCCUCCUUCUCCGCCACGUCCAUCCCCGCAUGCACCCUGCCUUUCUCGGACCCGUGCUCAUUUAACAUGAUCUCCGGACAGGCCAGCUACUUUUACUCCCACCAAAUACCAUGCGCAGCAGCAUUUAGUCCGUGUCCGGAGGAGUGCGGUGCUUCCAAGACUGGACAACUUUUAUCCAAGAGUGGGCACUCAGAACUGGGAGGAUAUUGUACUGACUUUCCGAAUUACUGCCCUCAAGUCAGCUCAAGCCCUUCUUUUGGGAUAUAAAAAAAUGAGAAUACGUUGGAAGAACAGAAAAAAAUAACAUCAAUGUAGCAUUCAUGAAAACAGAAAUUGAAGAAAUACCAACUCAACCUAAACUGACAAGUGUAUGUCUGCUGAAAGUUUUGCUAUGAACGAAUAACCUGCGUUAAUUUUAAGUGAUUUAGUAUAAGAUGGAAAUACAACUCGAAGAUUAUUAAUGCCAUGCAAUAUGUUGUAAAUAAAACAGGCUCCUGGUGUUUACACUACUUAAGUUGUGCCUCAGUAACUGAUUACGCACGCCUUUAUCUCCAAACAAAUGCGCAAAAUUAUAUUUAAUAACUUUAUAAAUGAGACAUAGAAAUUAUCUAAAAAUAGAAAAAUAACUAAUAGUGCAACACUUUCUGGCUGAAACACACAUUGUUAUCGUGUAUUCUGUGUUAUUAUUUCCCACGCAUUCGCUUGGGUGUGUUCGAAGUUUUGUGCGCACGUUUGGUGUAUAGAUGCAAAAGGGACAUCAGUAAGGAAAAUGUUCAGUUGCAGUGGUUCCUUCCUGCUCAGCGACAUAUUUCAGGUAUGAAUGCUGUUUUUAAAGGAGCAUAGGCUAAAUGUAAACUACAAAACAGCAAGAAAAAUGUCUAGUUCAAAGAAAAUAAUUGAAUUAGCUAAAAAGAGCCCAAAAAAAUAAUUGUAAAAUUAAAGAUUGCUGAUUGCACAAACAUUAUGAAAUUUAAAAUUGUUCAUUUGCUGCACUUAUUCGGUUUCACCGCUGUUGCAACAAAAAAAAACUAUAUUACAUUCCUACUUUAAUUACUUUACAUGUAAUUAAACGAUAAAUAAUGCAUUUUAAAUUGUGUUUUCUUCCCUCCUCAUUAAAGCCUUGUGCUGUUGUUGAUUGUU